UUAUGAACGAGUUGUAGUUUUUAAAACAUUUGUUUGUGUUUCCAAAGCGCCUGAGAGAAGAUUAGGAAGAAACACACAUCGAUGUGUUCUGGGAUCGAUCUCACGCCUGGGAUGACUGACAGCAGCGUGUGCACGAUCGGGUGAGACACGGUAACAACCAUGGCUCUGCGGACAACCCUGAAAACCUCCGCCGUGGUUCUCCGUGAGCUCGGCUCCUGUGUGUCGGCGAAACCGUGGACAUGCUGCUCUGUUCUGUCAACAACACCGAGGCUCAGCAGCGUUCCAAACAUCGUUUGUGUUUCAUCACCAGUGAGGUUUUACGCCAGCAACAUCUCCAAGAAGAAGAAGACUGCUCCUCAGAGUCAGCUCAGUGAUCUUCCUCCAACGAUGCUGAAGAACAACUUCGCAGCCGUUCCUCUCGCUCAAACGACUGACGACAUCGUCAGAAGACUUCUCUCUCUGGAGCUGGCGUCUCAUCGUGAGAAGCUGGACCUGAAAACAGAGCAACUGAUUAAAAAAGUCCAGAGAGAUGAGUACGACCGCAGCUCGGAGGAAGUUCAAGUGGCCAUUCUGACGGCCAGAAUCCGAAACCUCCAGGAGCACAUGCAGAAACAUAGAAAAGACAAAGCUAAUAAGAGGCGGAUGCUAAUGGCCAUUGACAGAAGGAAAAAGAUGUUGAAGAAGCUGAGGCUGGUUCGUUACGAUAGCUUUGAGCGAGUGUGCGAGCAGCUGGGCAUCACCUACACCUUCCCCCCGGAGUACUACAGACGGGUCACCCGGCGCUGGCUGGCCAAGAAGGCGCUGUGCUUAAAGAUCUUUAAAGAAGUUCAGAAGCAGAAAGCAGAGCAGAGGCUGAAAAUGAAGCAACGUUCAACCAAGACAAAUACUGGCACCAAUGAUUGAAAAUACUGCUGAGUACUGCUGAGUACUACUGCCUACUACACCGACACCUGCUCCGACCAACAGUUUUCUCCAGCGUGUCACACUUCUCAGUAAAUAUUUGUGCUUUAAAUUCACCUCCAAACGUCAACGUUUAAAGUAAUAAAGCCGUGUUGUGAAAAUCCA